UUUUCAACAAUUUUAACAUCAAUUUUUGCUUCGGUGUCUUUCGAAAUCAGUCGCGCGAAAACACCAUUUUAUCUCCCGCCGUUGCUUCCCUCCUCUUUAUUUUUUUUUCUUCUUUUCAUUUUGGUUUUCAUUUUUUGUUCUUUUCAUCUCUCUGCCUCCACUCCCAAUCCCAAAUCUCACUCCCCCCAAACUCCAUCUCCCUCCUCUCUCUCUCUAUCUCCCAAAUCUAACGAUGCAACCUCAGCCGCAUAUUUCUCCAGCCACCGCAACCGCCGCGAUCUCAGCCGCGCUUGAAUCUCAGCGCAUUAGAAAAAACCGAGGUAGUUACAAUUGCGGUAGAUGUGGUCAACCUAAGAAAGGCCAUGUCUGUCUCUUAACUCCAACUCCAUCUGAUGUUCCCACUACUCCGAUCGCCACCGAGCCGGUCACCAGCUGCAUCUCCGCCGCCGCUUCUUCUUCCCGUUCUACCGUCUUAUCCUUAACAGCGGCGCCGUCUUCUCGUCAGUCAUUCACUCACUUGCGCCGCGCUUUGUCUUUCGACGACGUCGAUGCGCGUAGUAAUUCACUGGAUGAGCCCGAUCUGGACGCUGCGUCGACGGAUCUGGAUCUUCAUUUGGAUACGGAUAUCGUUCAACCGGGAAGGUUUCAUGCCGUGGGUUUAUGGGAGGUGCUUAAGAGGCUCCCGCCUUCGAGUUUGCUGAUGGCGGCUAGGGUUUGUAAAGGAUGGAGAGAGACAUCGAGGAAGAUGUGGAAAGCGGCUGAGGAGCUUCGUAUUAGGGUUCCGGAGAGAGCUCAGAUUGGAUACAUCGGAUCUUUAUUACAAAAGUGUCCUCGACUUAUUAGACUCUCACUUAAGAUCGAGAGUGAUUUUGAUGCGACAACUCUGGCCUGUAUUGCAUUUUCUUGUCCUAACCUGGAGGUUUUGGAGAUUUCUACUUCGGGUGCAGCUGUCAAUAGGAUUACUGGGGAUGAGCUGGGUCGCUUUGUUGCUAAUAAACGUGGACUUACAAGUCUUAAGAUGGAAGGAUGUUCCAACCUAGGAGGAUUUUCUCUUUCUUCAUCAAGCCUUUCCACUCUCUGGCUAUCGGAUCUUCAUUCCCUCACAAAGAUGAUCUUCAAUUGUCCAAAUCUUACAGAAAUUUCUCUGGAAUUUUCUCGCCAAGAAGAUGAUUCGACUGAUCUUGUAACAAUGGUUGAUGGUUUGGGAAGGACUUGUACUAGAUUGCAGAACAUUCAUAUAGCCUCUUUGAAGCUUUCACAUCCUGUAGUACUUGCGCUUACUGCUGUGAAUUUCAGGAUGUUGAGAAUGCUCUCGCUAGUUCUUGGAAUAGAUAUCACAGAUGCAUCUGUAGCUGCCAUUUCCUCAAGUUACACAAACCUUGAAUUGCUUGAUCUGAGUGGUUCCAGCAUUACUGAUACUGGCCUUGGGAUGAUCUGCGAUGUGUUACCAGAUACACUCUCAAAAUUACUUGUUGCUCUUUGUCCCAACAUUACAUCAAGUGGCAUUCAAUUUGCUACUGCUCAAUUGCCCCUUCUUGAGCUGAUGGAUUGUGGCAUGACUGUGUCUGAUCCAAAUUUAGAUAAUCCGAUCAUUGAAGAGAAUCCGAGUCCAUAUAAAACACCAGGCUACAAUCAGAAGAUGUUUAUCAAACAUAAACGGCUGAAGAAACUCAGUUUGUGGGGUUGCUCUAGUUUAGACGCUUUGUUCCUAAACUGCCCAGAGCUCAAGGACUUAAAUUUAAACUUAUGCAGCAAUUUGCAGCCAAAGACUUUGGUGCUCCAGUGUCCAAAAUUAGAAAUUGUGUAUGCAUCAGGAUGCCAGGACCUACUGACAGGAGCUAUCCGAAAACAGGUUUCUGAGAACCAUGCGGCAAAUGAAAACCAUAUGCCACGGAAACGCUUGGCUGAUGCGUCAAAGAGGAUUCAGGCUUUACCUUCAUUAUACCAAGAGACAAGAGAUGAUGAAAUUUAUACAGGGAAGAGAAGGAAGUUGGAGAAAGAAGUAUGUACCAUUAUACAGUAAUGAUCCUCUAUUUGACUCAUCACAUUUUGAAUUUACCAUCUCUAUUUUUACUGUACUCUGUGUACAUUUGAUUAUGUUGGAUCACGUCUGUUGUUUCUCGCUUGUCAAACUUCACAUGCUUUAUCUUUGUUCUCCAAUUACUUGGAAUAAACUGUAUAAUAACAUACUGUAUUGUUUAUUUAUUUAUUUUCUUUA